UAUUCCAGGGUGCACACACAUCCUGCUGGAGCUGCCGAGCGUCAGCGAAGAAUAACACCUAAAGAAGAAGGCAGCUUGGCGAGUUUAGAAGAAGUUAUGUCCGGCUGUCCGGUGGACAGGGAGAAACAUUUUCUAAGGAUGGACGUUAUUCUUCUGCUUCCGGAACAGGAGUGGUAGAGAAUGUCUACGACCCGGCGCUGCUGACACAUCUACGACGAAGGGUUGGAUUCUCCCUGUAGCUAGCAGCAGCUACCUGGCUAGGAGGCUAAACAAGUUACUAGCUUAUUUGAGCUAGUAAUGUCUCAAGCGUUGCCACCAUCUGACAUGCUGGAAACACCACCUGGGUAUCCGUUUGAAGAAAUCAACUAUGAGGACAUUGAAGUUGAAGAGGUGGUGGGGAGAGGAGCCUUUGGAGUGGUCUGCAAAGCCAAGUGGAAAGGCAAUGAUGUUGCCAUCAAGACCAUCGAGAGCGAAUCAGAGAGAAAAGCUUUUAUAGUUGAGCUCAGGCAGCUUUCACGCGUGAACCACCCCAAUAUUGUGAAGCUGUAUGGCUCCUGUAAAAGUCCGGUCUGCCUCGUCAUGGAGUAUGCAGAAGGUGGAUCAUUGUACAAUGUGCUGCAUGGUGCCGAACCCCUCCCCUAUUACACUGCUUCCCAUGCCAUGAGCUGGUGUUUUCAGUGUGCCCAGGGCGUGGCCUAUCUCCAUGGCAUGAAACCAAAGGCUCUCAUUCACAGGGACCUCAAACCACCUAAUCUGCUCCUGGUGGCAGGUGGGACGGUGCUGAAGAUAUGCGACUUUGGAACAGCUUGUGAUAUUCAGACCCACAUGACCAACAACAAAGGAAGCGCAGCCUGGAUGGCCCCCGAGGUAUUUGAAGGCAGCAAUUAUAGCGAGAAGUGUGAUGUUUUCAGCUGGGGGAUCAUUCUCUGGGAAGUCAUCACUCGCAGGAAGCCCUUUGAUGAAAUCGGUGGACCGGCUUUCCGGAUCAUGUGGGCCGUUCACAACGGUACAAGACCGCCACUAAUUAAGAAUUUGCCUAAACCCAUUGAAAGCCUGAUGACUCGCUGCUGGUCCAAAGACCCGUCUCAGCGGCCCUCCAUGGAGGAGAUAGUCAAGAUUAUGACUCACCUAAUGAAGUACUUCCCGGGAUCAGAUGAGCCUCUGCAGUAUCCAUACCAGUAUUCAGACGAGGCACCCAGCAACUCUGACAGAGGCUCAUACAUGGACUACAGUGGCAGAAGCAACAGAAGUGAUGGAAAUAUGUCGCACAGUGAUUCUCAAGGAAGCAACGACACCAUCAAGAUCCCCCCUCAGUUUGCUCCUCAUUUCAAACCAAAGGUUGAACCGUUGAGGCCUUGGCCUUUAUCCAGAGGGGGGAGUGUUGAGAGCCUUCCAGCUAGGAUUCAGUGCUUUCAAACCCCCGACAGCAAACGAAUGAGCGCCGACCUGUCUGAGCUGGAUCCCACAAUGCAGUUUGCACCCACAGCACGCACCCCGUAUAAACGAGGCCAUCGCAAAACCGCGUCAUUCGGGACCAUUUUGGAUGUCCCCAAGAUCGUCGUGACAGGCGCCUGCGAUCCUCAGAGGCGGCGGUCUGUCCAGGAUCUAUCAGACGUCGGCACAGAGUCCGGUCAGGGGAGCAGGAACAGCAGCCGCUCCUCCAGUCCGAGCCUCAGGCAGCCUGACAAACCCAACAGAGGGUACGUCCCCCCCGAGGACCCUUCAGAACCUAACGGCUCAGACAACUCCAUCCCCAUGGCCUAUCUGACCUUGGAUCACCAGCUGCAGCCCCUGGCUCCCUGUCCCAACUCCAAAGAAUCCAUGGCUGUGUUUGAGCAGCACUGCAAGAUGGCCCAGGAAUACCUGAAGGUCCAAACGGAGAUCGCCCUGCUGAUCCAGAGGAAGAAGGAGCUCAUCGCUGAACUGGACCAGGACGAGAAGGACCAGCAGAACACGUCCCGUCUGGUUCAGGAGCACAAAAAACUGCUGGAGGAGAACAAGAGUCUGUCCACGUACUACCAGAAAUGCAAAAAACAGCUGGAGCUGAUCCGGGUGCAGCAGCAGAAGAGACAGGGCACAUCGUAAGGACCCCCCCGACCCCACCUUCCUCCUCUAGCUGCCCCCCCGCCCCUCCAUCCUCCUCCUCUGCAGCACGUCGCCUCCUGUUCCUCAGCACACAACCAACCGUCUGCCAUCCAGCAUGUCCUGCAUGUUGCAUCAUAGACUCAGUGAGAAGAUGUCUGACCUCUGUACAUACAUUUGACCCCCCCCUCCCACAACAUCUUCUGACUACAGGCCGUAGCGCCCCCCCUCUCUGUCCCCUUCGGUUGAGCCCAGAACCAGCUGCGUACCUCAGGACAGACUCGGCUGAGUAGAAGAUCCCGGCUGCUGUGGGUUUAUUUCCUCGUCUGCUCUCAGGACCUCUAGGCUGCCUUGUGAGUGUUUGGAGGUCCCAGCAGCUGCCAGACACGUCGUCCUCCUCAGAAUGUGAAAACAAGGACAGAGAAGUAGAGAAUGAUCCGAAGCUCUGAGGAUGUUUGGAGCGUGCCCUGCUGUGUGCACGGCGCUCUCUGUUAUGCAAAGCUCGUCCUUCUACCAGGUUCUGCAGGUUCUAUUGACAGAAAGCUGUGGAUUCCCUCAUCGUUUGACCUUGCUGUUGUUUGGUGUGUAAUGUUUUCCUACUUCCCGUCCAGCAGCUCAUUGGGCGCAUCGGGCGCCGUGCUGUUCUCCCAUCGGAGCGGAUCAGAACUGCCCUCGGCUUCGUCUGAGUUUGGUUUGGUUCACAUGUUGCCUUAGAGGUCGCCUGCAUUUAGCUGCUUGUUUUACGGGACGACCGAUACGGAGAAAGAAGCAGAGGCGUUUUUAAAUGGAAAGGAUGCGGCUUAGAAAUGUUUUCUGGUGAGAAAUGAGCAGAAAACGUCUGUAAACCGAUGGUGUUAAUGUUUCCCAGGAACAGCCGUCCUGUUCUGCCUCACACACGUUUGCACAGCCACCGAUUUUAGUCUGGUUUGAUUUCUGUUUUUAGUCCUUUUUUAAAAGUGACGGACUUGAGGAGUCUUACUUUUAAAGUCCCCCCCACCACCCUCUCUUAUGAGUUGGAUGUAAAAUAGAGGUGUUUCCUACUUCAUGUGAAAGGGAGGGGAAGAAGGCAUUCUGAAAUAAACUGAAUGGUGAAAGGAUGUA